AUGGAGUACCUCUAUAUCUUCGCUUUGGUAUUUGUCAUCGGACAAGUCGAGAGCGGGAAAAUAAAUCUCCCGCAGAAAGAAUUUUAUAAAAGUAAUGACGCAGAGGAUCUUUUCAUGGAAUUUGUCGAAAAAUAUAAUAAAAAUUACAACGAGGAAGAAUACGCCAGACGUUUCCAGAUUUUCAAAGAAAAUUUAGAGAAAAUUAAUGACCUCAAUAGCAAAAGCAAUUUGACUGUAUACGGGAUCAAUCAUUUAACCGAUCUUAAAUAUGAAGAAGUUGCAAAUACAUAUACGGGAAUGGGUUCGAAUAUUGAUUACACAAGUUUGGAGAAAUACGUGCCAAAAGGAUUUGCUCCAGCGAGCUUGGACUAUCGUAACAACGGUUGGGUGACUGGAGUGAAAGAUCAAAAACAAUGUAAUACGUGUUACAUAUUUAGCGCAGUUGGCUGUAUCGAAGGUCAGCACGCAAAACUGCAUGGGACCCUGGUUUCUUUAUCAGAACAACAAGAAUUAGAUUGCCAGAGUGGUGAUGGUUGCCAGUCGGGCGGAUAUCCUGACGCAGCUAUGAAUGUACUCGCUCAACAAGGAGGCUGCAUGUCUGAAGAUAGUUAUCCGUAUGAGGAAGCAAAGGGACAAUGCCGUACUGAUCCAUCCAAGAUUGUGGUUAAAGUUACCGGAGGAUCUAAGUUGACGGUUACCAGCGAAGACGACUUAAAAGACGCCUUGGCUAAUAACGGCCCACUGUCCAUUGCUUUAAUUAUUUGUCCGGAAUUCCAACAUUAUAGUGGAGGAAUAUAUGAAUUUAACUGCCAGGGAAAUGACGGGCAUGCUGUGUUACUUGUAGGCUACGAUUCAGCUGAUGGCCAGGAAUAUUGGAUCUUAAAGAACUCGUGGGCCACUAUCUGGGGAGAAGAAGGAUACAUGCGAAUGAAGUUAGGAUCAUCGAUUUGUAACAUAGGAAAAUAUGUUGCUCUGGCUUCAGUGGCGUAG